AUGACCAGCAUUGAUGAUCUUCUGCUGGUGCAGGGCGCUGAUGAAGCUGCCGUCAAACACCUGCCAAAAGAUAUUCAGGAUCCGUCCCGUAUCAAGGCGCAACUCGAGCAGCUCUAUCUGUCACCAUCCGCCCAAUUCUCAGAUGACUGGCUGAACCGCCUGCAACAGCGCUGGGACUUUGAAGCCGACUACUCAUCGCUAUUUCGAAUUGCACCGACACAGACCAGGACAGUCACUCGUUUCCAGCGCCAGGGUCUCGAAGGCCGCGUCACAGGCUACAAGAAUGUCACAGUUCCGCGCAACAGCGCCAACGCUAAAAACUCGACCAGUCUGCUCCGCAAGCCCGCUAACCGCGCAGAAUUUGUCCGAGGCGCGGCUGGAUUUUUCCCAUUUGCGCCAGGUGGUCUGGAAGGCAUCGCGGCCACUGCUGCCUUGGAAGAUCAGGCCCUCGCUGAUACCCGCGGAGAUGGGAAGGUCGGUGGCAACAAGCUCGACAGAGUCAUCCAAUUCACCGACGGAGGCCUGCUUCAGGUAGCACCCGGCCUGGAAAGAGGAAUUGACUUUGGAAAGAAAAAGUCACAGCAGGACAAGGAAGCCGAGGAUGCUGUUCAGCAAGUUUUGGAGGAGGCACCAGAACAAGCGACUGGAGGCGAGGGCAAGGAGGAUGGAGACGAGCCAGAGGAUGCAGAAGAGGACGAGGAAGGAGAUGGAGAUGAUGACAUUGAUGAUAUUCUGCCUGUCGAAUUCCCUUCCCUUGAGCCACACAGCGUACUUGCCACGUCUCGUGCUAAGAAGGCGGGCAAGGAAUGGGCGCACAUGGUGGAUAUUCGCGGGGAAAUGACCAACUUCAGAGAGCUGGUACCAGAUAUGGCGCGAGAAUGGCCAUUUGAACUGGACACCUUUCAAAAAGAAGCUGUCUACCAUCUCGAGAAUGGCGAUUCUGUUUUUGUCGCCGCACAUACAUCUGCAGGCAAGACUGUAGUUGCAGAAUACGCCAUUGCUCUAGCGGCCAAGCACAUGACCAAGGCCAUCUACACAUCACCCAUCAAAGCGCUAAGCAACCAAAAGUUUCGCGACUUUCGACAGACGUUUGACGAGGUCGGCAUUCUCACUGGUGACGUGCAAAUCAAUCCCGAGGCUAGUUGUCUCAUCAUGACGACCGAGAUCUUGCGCUCCAUGUUGUACCGCGGUGCUGACUUGAUUCGUGAUGUUGAGUUUGUCAUAUUCGACGAGGUCCACUACGUCAACGAUUACGAGCGAGGUGUAGUCUGGGAAGAAGUCAUUAUUAUGCUGCCAGAGCACAUUUCGCUGAUCCUCCUCUCUGCCACGGUGCCCAAUACGCAUGAAUUUGCCUCGUGGGUUGGACGGACCAAGCAGAAAGACAUCUAUGUGAUAUCGACCCCCAAGAGACCAGUUCCUCUGGAGCACUACCUCUGGGCAGGCAAAGAUAUUCACAAGAUUGUCGACUCUGACAAAAGGUUUCUUGAGAAGGGCUGGAAAGACGCACACGCUACACUUGAAAGCAAGGACAAAGUCAAAGGCGCGGAGACCACUGUCGCAACUCGUGGAGGCAACCCCCGAGGUGGUCAGCGUGGCGGCCAACAACAGCGUGGUGGCCGCGGUGGCGCCCAGCAACGCGGUGGCGGAGGACAGCGAGGCGGAAAUCAGAGAGGAGGUCGUGGAGGCGGAGGUCCUCCUCGAGCGAGUCACACACCCGGCCAUAUGGGCCGCUCUGGUAGACCCGGCUUUGCUUCUGCAGCACAAGACAAGAACUUGUGGGUUCAUCUGGUCCAGUAUCUGAAGCGCAACACGCUUCUGCCGGCAUGCAUAUUUGUCUUCUCCAAGAAGCGAUGCGAGGAGAAUGCCGACGCACUGAGCAACCAGGACUUUUGCACGGCGUCUGAGAAGAGUCACAUUCACAUGAUUAUCGAAAAGUCAAUUGCACGACUCAAGCCAGAAGAUCGUGUUCUACCACAGAUUAUCCGCCUGCGCGAGCUUCUUGGCCGAGGUAUCGCAGUACAUCACGGUGGCUUGCUGCCCAUCGUCAAGGAGCUGGUUGAGAUGCUGUUUGCCGAGACGCUUGUCAAGGUUCUUUUUGCGACCGAAACAUUCGCCAUGGGUCUCAACUUGCCGACAAGAACAGUUGUAUUCUCUGGCUACCGCAAACACGACGGACAUUCGUUCCGUAAUCUUUUGCCAGGUGAAUACACACAGAUGGCUGGUCGUGCUGGACGCCGUGGCUUGGACAAGGUUGGGUCCGUCAUUAUUGUACCGCCUGGCGGUGAUGAUGUACCCCCCGUCACAGACUUGCGCAACAUGCUCCUGGGUGAGCCGUCCAAGCUUCGAUCCCAAUUCAGACUGACAUACAACAUGAUUCUCAACUUGUUGCGCGUUGAAGCUCUCAAGAUUGAAGAAAUGAUUAAGCGCAGUUUCUCAGAGCAUGCCACGCAACAGCUUUUGCCCGAGCACGAAAAGGAUGUCAGGCUUGCCCAGGCAGAUUUGGACAAGGUGAAGCGUGAGCCGUGCAAGAUAUGCGACACUGUCGUGGACGAAUGCCAUCAAGCUGCUCAGGAUUACAAGCAGCUUACCGCCGAACUCUACAAGGGAUUGCUCAAGAUUACAAUUGGUCGCAGAAUGUUUUCACAGCAACGGCUGAUUGUAUUCAACUGGGACGGUAUCCGCACUGUAGGUAUCCUGCUCUCCGAGGGCGUGAGCCCCAGGAGCACGAUUGAAAAUCCUACACUGCACGUAUGCGCACUUAAGCCGCUCCGGGAUCGUCGCGACGGUACUGAUUUACUGCCAUUCCUGCCAGUAUAUCGCAAGUACCUACAUAAGCUGCCACAGGGUCGCAAGCGCAUGCAGACUAAGACGCUACAUGUUCCGCUGAGCGACGUGGAGUGCCUGACACGAUGGGUACUUAAGGGCACCGUGCCCGAAAUCAUGAAGCGCGGCGACGUGGCUCUGCAAGCGAUUGACAAGCUCCAGGAAAUCUGCGCCUCGUGGGAUGAUAAGUGGGAUGAGGCGGACAUGGGCAGGAUCAAAAGCCUGCAGUUGCAGGAAAUAAUGGAGCAACGAGUGCAGCUUGCCAAGAAGAUGAGCACGUCGCCCGCCAUGUCGUGUCCGACGUUCCUCAAGCACUUUGCCAUGUGCCAUGACGAGUGGCUAAUCAAAGAGCAUAUCCAACAGCUCAAGUCUUCGCUGUCCGACCAGAACCUCCAGCUUCUUCCCGACUAUGAACAACGUGUGCAGGUUCUGAAGGAGCUUGGCUUCAUUGACGAGGCCACGCGGAUCCAGCUCAAGGGUAAGGUAGCAUGUGAGGUGCACAGUGGUGACGAGCUGGUCCUCACCGAGCUCAUUCUCGACAAUGUACUUGCAGAGUUUGACCCUGCCGAGAUUGCCGCUCUCCUGUCCGCGUUUGUCUUUCAGGAAAAGACGACCAUCGAGCCGGUGCUCACUGGCAACCUGGAGCGCGGUCGGGAGCGCAUCGUGGCCAUUUCAGAAAAGGUCAAUGAUGUGCAGACGCGGCUGCAGGUGAUUUUGUCGUCGGAGGACUCGAACGACUUUGUGUCGCGGCCGCGGUUCGGCCUGAUGGAGGUGGUGUACGAGUGGGCGCGGGGCAUGAGCUUCAAGAACAUUACGGGCCUGACGGACGUGCUCGAGGGCACGAUUGUGCGCACCAUGACGAGGCUGGACGAGACGUGCCGCGAGGUGAAGAAUGCGGCGCGCAUUAUUGGCGACCCGGACCUGUACCAGAAGAUGCAGCAGGCGCAGGAGAUGAUUAAGCGCGACAUUACGGCCGUGGCGAGUCUGUACAUGUAG